AUGUCUGAUUCGGAGUGUAACAGUAACACUGAUGGAUCAGCAGAUGAUAGUAGUCUGAGUGAUUUGGAAAUGGAUAUCGAAAAUAAUGAUGGACACUAUUCCGACGCAGAAGCGGCAAUGGAUGUGGAUGGAGAAGAGGUUACAUCACCAUUUCAGAAGGAAGUUUGGCAAUUAAAACAUUUGCCAUAUUAUGAAGAAAUGCAAAAAGAAGCUGAUGACCAUUUUAGGCACAUUAAGGUUGGUUUGGUCCAUGCUGUAAUGCUGCGAGAUAUACGACCUGGUUUUGUUCAUUGGAUAUGUGAAUUAGAUAAAUAUAUCAAUUUAUAUUCACGCCGUUUCACAAAAGCAGAUCAUAUCGCUUUGGUGAAGUUAUGCUAUGCUUGCAUGACAAUGAAAGGAGCUGAUUUUCGGAUAGUGAAAAUAUGCGCUCAAUCUCUCUCAAAUUUGCUAUUUCGAAGGGAGUUACUGUCAAGAGAUGAUAUACAGCUUGAAUGGAAACCACUCUACGAUAUCUAUGUGGAAGUGAGCUUCAAAAGUUUGGAGGAGGAUGGGGUGUUGCUGUUACCGGAUGGGAUGAAAACAUCAUUGGAGCAAGUAAUUAUACACUGCAGGACCUAUUUUAGCUUGAAUUCCACACGGGAAAUUCUAGAUGAAGUACGACCGUACAUAUGUCCAUGGGAUGAGAGCAUGUCACGAGCAGUAUGUUUAUUGAAUUUGUUUCUGCCAACUUGUAUGGAGCAAGAAAUGCAUAUGAAAUAUGGUGCCGGUUUAUGGUUCGAUGAAAUGUGGCAUUGGUUUACAGUUCUUGAAACAAAUUCAUCGUAUGAAUCUAAGAUAGAAGGACUUUUAGCUCGCUUAUCACGUGAGUGUCCUGGUUUAAUCGAUUGGCAUGAUAAAUACGACAUAAUAAUGACGCGGGUAUUACGUGCACUUAAUUUGGAGAUAGGGCAAGGUACUGAACGAGUCAACAUUUGUUCUACUACUUCAUUUCAUCUUGAUCAUGCUGCUAUUUGGUUAGCAUAUAUGCUUGGUGGACCAAAUAAUGGAGUUCAGAAUCAUCUCACUCGUCUUUUCCGUUCAUUGGAAUCAUACUUUCACCCUUCGAAUUAUGGUCAUCAUUCUAUUACAAUACUUCAUUUUUUGUUGAGAUUGGUUAAUUCUGUUUGCAAUAGAUUACACAAGGAGCGAUACCAAAAACCUAGCUGCCAUCCACAGGUUCCAGCAAAUCUUCGUUUAACAAAUGCACAAUUGGAUGAGUUUGUAGAGUCUGUAUUGCCAUGUGCUAAACUUGCAUUAUUUGCAAAAUAUAAAAUGGAGUAUGCACCUGCUAUAAUUCGUAAUCUAUCGCAAAUAGCACCGCGAAUUGUUGUACCAGCAGUUCUUGAUUUGGUAUAUCCUGCAUUAGAGACAGUAGUUGAACCUCAUCGCUUGGUACAGUCUAUGAAUGCGUUAAUAGCAGUUUGUGUUACAUUAGUUCGUGAUGAUUCUAAUUUGGGCAGUCACAAACGUGCUCCAUUACAUACAAUGGAAGAACUUUCCGAUAAACCAUAUCGUAGUCAUGCCAUUGCACUUCUUAAUUCAGUUUUACCUGGUUUAGAUGCUAAUGAUAUUUCAAAAAUGCUGCUAACAUUUCAGAUCAUAAAUUUGCUGAUAACAUUGGUACCCAUUGUUGAUUGUUCGGAAGCUAUUCAUGUACGAAACGAUUUAACAGAGGAAGAGCAAGAAGUUUGUUCAGCAACAGCAAAUUUCGAAACAAUUGUGCAAAAUCUUUUAGAUAAGAUGAUAGAGAUAAUUCAUGUUUUUACGGGUGGUGCACCAGCAGUAACGACAGUACAAGGUUCAUUGGGUGCUAAAUCACAAUCAAAAUUAUCAGUGGAAGAAACGGUGAUAAAACGAGGCAUAUUUUCUGUAUUUCGUGCUCUUCUUGGUAACUGCAGCACAGCAAUUUAUAAAAUUGCUAUAGAUAAAUUAUAUGAUUUCAUUUCCACAAAUAUGUAUGAUAGCCGAUUGGCUGCGGACACCGUUUCAGAAAUGAUUUUCUGCGCUGUUAGGACAAAUCCACGGCAAUCCCUGGAUCUAUUCUUGGAUUUGAUUACAGAGAAAUUGGUUCCACUAAUAACAGAAGAAACAUAUGAAGAAGAAGAAUUAGACUCCACAGUGGUAUGGUAUAUUAUUUUGGCUUCGCAACUCUUUAGAGCAUCAGGAAUGUAUAUUUUAUCACACAAGACAAGAAUGCUAAAUUUAUUGCGAAUGAUUGUGCCUUUGACAUGUCGUACGGCAUGUGAGCUAUCGUGUAAUGCAUUGGAAUGCAUGUUAACAGGUUUAACAAAUAUAUAUACUGAUAGCAGCGAAUAUAGACGUGAAAAACUUGACCAACCAUUCGAGAAACAUCUUCCAAUAAGAGAUUGGGCAAAAGUAACGGAUAAAAAAACUUUCCAAUUGAAAUGGCAUAUACCAACUGAUGAGGAGUUUCAGCUAGCAUACGAUGUGCUGGACGAAUUUUUCUAUCCAGAAUUAGAAAAACUAACGAAUGCAGAUUCCCUUUCAAAGACAGAAAUGUUAAAAUCUUUGGAAAUAAUAUGUAGUUGUUUGGCUGGUGUAUCUGCUGCAUUACCACCUCUUGGUGGAAAAUUGAUAACAUUGAUAGAAUCACCAGUGAAAGUUUAUCCUUUUCAGUUUGUUGCUGCUCCAAGUUAUGUAAAAGAAAUGACGUAUAAAGGGACGAAUGUACGAGAUUUUGUAUUGAAACGAGUAAAAAGUGUUGCGGAAUAUUUGGUACUAAAUCGAGAAAAUGAUACGAAAUCCUUGUCAGCUGUAUGCAAAAUUUUACAUAUUCUCGUUUUUCAGCGUGGAAUUGAUCGCACGAAAUUCGAUUUGCAAAACCAAAAUUAUAUAUUAUCGAAAAGAAUUGUUGGUGAUACAGUGCAAGGAAACAGAGCAAACAUAGAGCUGGUCACUACCGAGUUUCUGAUGCUGCAGCAUCAUAAACGAACACUGGCACGUUCCGGAUAUUAUUUUACUGCGCAACAUUUGGAAAUAAUGAAAUUACUGGUGCGAUUAGGUACAAGUCUCUACAGUGCUACUCGAAUUGAUGCCCAAAGGAUAUUAGAUGGCUGCAUUCAGACAUUUCCUUAUUCAUACCUACUUGUGCUGGAUGAUAUACUUGCAUUUCUUAAGGAAUCAUCCGAUAUAUCCCAUGAACAAUUCAAAGGUGCAUUAUAUAUGCUUUUAAAUGGUAAGAGAUUAGCAAUUUGUGUUCGACAAAAUUGGAGUACAUUAUUACGAGUUUGGCCAGCACUUAUUGAAGCGCAACAUUCCGAGAAGCCUUCCGUAAUUGGUCUGUUGGAAUUGGCUCAAAACACUCUUGUCGAUAAUUUCGAAUCAUUUCAGAUCAACUUUUGGUUGCCGGAUGGACCGGUUGUUGCCGCGCGAGAAUUGUAUGCAGCAGGUGGUGGUGAAAAUAUACAUCAACCGGCAUGGGCAUUACCUACUGAUGAAGAGAUUGAAGCUGCUAUUGAAAGAGAAAAUACUGCAUGCGAAGAAAAACAAAAACUGUAUUAUUUGCUUUGUGAUCGUUUGGUUGCACUCAGUACGGAUGCAAAUCUUCAUUGGCGACAUGUUGACAUGGCACAGUCUUUACUUUCAUUGCUUAUCAGACGAGAUGUGCCGUUUCCACCAGAUGCUGUUAAAUUGUUUAUUCGUUUACUUGUGAACGAUACUGUUAAAACGAGACGCAUGGCAACUGGAUUAAUAGCUGCAUGGUUACAUAUUACAAAACCUCGAGCCGUAAAAAUACCUUUUGAAAAUCCGAUUAAAGAAGAAAAUGUUGGUCCUGGUGCAGAAUGGCCCAUAAAAUAUGGUUUUCGAAUGGACAAUCUAAUAACAAUGUAUAAUAGAGAAAAAGUACCACGAACGGCAAAAGACUGGAAUGCUACAGUGUUUUUCAGCAAAACUCAUUGGGGCUUCUAUACUUGGCCAAAGGUUUUGAAAGUUUACGCACCAGCAAAUGAACAAAAAGCGAUUAAUCGUAAACUGGAAGAAUUAAGUGAAACUGAACGUUUCAUUGUGGAAAUAUUUUGUGAUGAUGAAUUUGCGGAAAAAUUUCGUCAAUAUAUGAGUGUUGAAGAGAAGAAAGGUGAAGAAGCAUUCGAUGCCAUUGCGUUCGGUUUAUUUUACGGCAUUUUUCGGAACUAUAAUGAUCUUAUGCUUCCAAUUUUUAAGAAACAUUUGGAAAUUCUGCUUGCAAGUGAUAAGGAAGGUGAUCAACGAUUAGCAUCAGAAAUAGUUGCGGGACUGUUAAAUGGCAGUAAACUUUGGUCAUUCGAGAAGAUUUCAGCAAUGUCGAAUUGGCUUAAACCUUUAAUAAGUAGUUGCUUGGAAACAAUAAAAACUGAAAAUGUCAAAAAUUGGGGAACAGCUAUUGCGACAGUUUUCGGUUCAGCUGACCCGAAAGCGCUUUCAUGGUUUAUUGAAAUGCUUCUUGAGUUAUGCAUGAAGCCAACGGAUAACAGCUUUCAUGCUACUACGCGAAUGUAUUUUGUGCAAGGUGCUUUAAAUCAGUGUGAAUGGCGAGUAACAGAAUUAUGGAAUCAGCUGUUUCAAAAAUGUUUGGGAACUAUGGAAGAAUCAUAUCAGAAUUUACGUGAACGUAUUGGCUCUAGUAUUGCUACCAUUGUAUGGUUUGAUUUGAGUCAUUUAUACAUUGAUCCACGACUGCCAAAGAAAUUUCAUCCAAUGAAAAUUGACGACGUAAUGGGUAAAAUUAGUGCAAAAUUAGAACUUUUGUGGUCUGAAGUCGCCGUUGCAAAACGGGAUGAUGACGAAGUAGAGGAUAUUUGUUUGGAUAGAAACAUGGCGAUUAGUAAUGGUGAAGGCAAUGGCCGAAAAAAAGCAAUUAUGACAUUUAAAUGUGCAUUAAAUUAUUUAAACGCACACUGGGUGCAUUCGUUCACUGCCUUACCGCCUGCUAUUUUUAAUGUUUUACCCUUGCUCAUACAUUUUGAAAAUGAAACAAGCGACGAGGAAUUAAAAAAUAGUUGUCAUGAUCAAUUGCGCCAAGGAAUGUCACAAACUCUUAUUGUGGCAAGCAAUGUAGAAAUGGUUUUGUGUGGCAUUAAAGAGUUAGCUUCAUCUGCUGCUUCUUGGUGGAAACCGAAAGUUUCGCUGCUAAAAUACAUGCAAGUUGCUGUAUUCUCCAAUUUCUUCCUUUUCCUUCAUCAUCGCCCAUUUUUACAAUCUAUUCUCUGCUCCAUGAUACUUGAUCCAAAAUUUGAAGUGCGUGAAGCUGCUGCUACAACACUAUCAGGUCUUAUCCACUGUCACUUCUUGGACGUGGACCACUUAAUUGUUGAGACAUUUUACGAAUGGUCUCGAGAGGAGAAUGGUACAAAACGACAUGCCGGUGUCUUAGCUCUUUCUGCUAUUGUUCAGGCAUUUCCAUACAGCGUUCCAUCAUUCUUGCCGAAAAUCCUGAUGCAACUUUGUCGUCACACUUGUGACAAACAACCUAUGCAAGAUACAGUGAAGAAAGCGUUGAGUGAAUUCAAGCGUACUCAUCAAGAUAAUUGGCAUGAACAUAAGAUGCAGUUCAGUGAAGAUCAACUUUCCAUUCUGACAGAUCUGUUCGUUUCACCCAAUUAUUACGUCUGA